AAUCGGCGCUCUUGCUGAGAGAGGAGGGCGGGUCUGUGCGUGUUUGUAUAAUACAGUGACAUCUCAGGGACCAGAGCGCUAACGGGGCAACAUGGCGGAUAAGAGGGACAAUGCGGCCGACCAGAUGAAGCUGUGGAAGGAGAGCCGGGGCUCCCAGAAACCGGACGUCCUCACUACCGGCGGGGGCAACCCUAUAUCUGACAAGCUUAAUCUCUUGACCAUUGGCCCUCGGGGACCCCUGUUGGUGCAGGAUGUGGUGUUCACGGAUGAAAUGGCACAUUUUGACAGAGAGAGGAUCCCAGAAAGAGUUGUCCAUGCUAAAGGAGCAGGUGCUUUUGGCUAUUUUGAGGUCACGCAUGACAUCACGAAAUACAGCAAGGCCAAGGUGUUUGAGCACAUUGGGAAGAGGACUCCAAUUGCCGUGCGGUUCUCCACCGUCGCUGGAGAGUCCGGCUCUGCUGACACAGUACGAGACCCCCGAGGAUUCGCUGUUAAAAUGUACACGGAGGACGGGAACUGGGACCUGACUGGCAACAACACCCCAGUCUUCUUUAUCCGAGAUGCCAUGUUGUUUCCAUCUUUUAUCCACUCCCAGAAAAGGAACCCCCAGACUCAUUUGAAGGACCCUGAUAUGGUGUGGGAUUUCUGGUCUCUGCGUCCCGAGUCUCUUCACCAGGUUUCCUUCCUGUUUUCUGACCGUGGUAUUCCAGAUGGUCACCGUCACAUGAAUGGCUACGGAUCCCACACUUUUAAACUGGUCAAUGCCAAACACGAAGCUGUAUAUUGUAAAUUCCAUUACAAGACAAACCAAGGCAUCCAGAACCUCACAGUGGACGAAGCAAAUCGCUUGGCUGCCAGCGACCCUGACUAUGGGAUACAUGACUUGUAUGAAGCCAUUGCCGCUGGUAACUGCCCAUCGUGGACUUUCUACAUCCAGGUCAUGACUUUCGCACAAGCUGAGAAAUUCAAGUUCAAUCCCUUUGAUUUGACCAAAAUCUGGCCACAUGGCGAUUACCCACUCAUACCUGUGGGUAAACUGGUGCUGAACAAAAACCCAACAAACUACUUUGCAGAAGUGGAGCAGCUGGCUUUUGAUCCAAGUAACAUGCCCCCUGGCAUUGAGCCGAGCCCAGAUAAGAUGCUGCAGGGGCGACUUUUCUCCUACCCUGACACUCAUAGACAUCGCUUGGGGCCAAAUUAUCUGCAACUGCCUGUUAACUGCCCUUACAGAACUCGUGUGGCCAAUUACCAGCGGGAUGGACCAAUGUGCUUCACGGACAAUCAGGGUGGAGCUCCAAAUUAUUAUCCCAACAGUUUCUGUGCUCCUGAGAACCAGCCUCAAGUGAUGGAGCACAGAUUCCACGUGUCUGCAGAUGUUGCUCGGUACAAUAGCGCCGAUGAGGACAAUGUUUCACAGGUGCGGGACUUUUAUGUGAAAGUGCUGAGUGAGGAGCAGCGUCUGCGUCUAUGUGAGAACAUUGCUGGACACCUGAAGGACGCUCAGCUAUUCAUACAGAAGAGAACUGUGAAAAAUUUCACAGACGUUCACCCUGAGUAUGGUGCUCAGAUCCAGGCUCUGUUGGAUAAGUACAACGCUGGGGGGGCAAAUAAGAAAAAUGUGAAAACCUACACCCAGCAUUCUUCUUAUGCCACUUCUAAGGACAAAGCCAACCUGUAACCAGCAAACCCGCUUCCAGAAUCAUCAUCCUGGAGCCAUUUAAUCUGUCCUGUAACUUUAAGACAUGAAUGAUUGUACUACUAUUCAGUAGAGUAUUUUAGUGUCCCUCUCGCAGAUUCCCUAAUGGCAGAUUUACUACUCAAAUCCUCCUUUGUGAUUGGCUGCACGUUCUGCCCUCUUGCAGCACCAAGUUCUAAUCCCUUUAGAAAACUGACAAAAUUCUUCUCUAAAAACGGAACUGAUUUGCGUAGGAACACAGGAAAUUCCUUUAUAAGUAAAGGUUAUUAACUGGAAUAAUCUUCGUGGGUUAAUACAAGUUAGUGUUUAUUGAGUUGCCAAUGCUGUUUGCCUUAAACCAUCAGCCAAUCACAAGCACGAUUAUAUUACUAUGGCUAAUUGAACAGAAUUGCACUUAAAGGGGUUGUUUACCUUCCAAAGACUUUUUCCAAUUAUUUGUUUUCAGUUUGUUCACCAGAAAUAAAGACUUUUUUUAAAUUGC